CACCCGGCGAAGGAGAGACUACGGACCUUGAGCUACGCGCUGGCAUGGGCUGGUGGCGGGGUGUCCUCCGCUCUGUUUGGGGCGCUGUGUCGAAGGAGGUGAGGGAGCACGUGGGCACGGACCAUCUGGGGAACAAAUACUACUACAUCGCCGAGUACAAGAACUGGAGAGGGCAGACUAUUCGAGAAAAGAGGAUUGUAGAGGCAGCAAACAGAAAAGAAGUAGACUAUGAAGCAGGAGACAUCCCAACAGAGUGGGAAGCAUGGAUUAGAAGAACAAGGAAGACCCCGCCUACUGUGGAGGAAAUACUAAAGAAUGAAAAAUACAGAGAAGAAAUUAAAAUAAAAAGCAAAGACUUUUAUGAAAAAGAUAAACUCGGUAAAGAAGCCAGCGAAGAGCUCUUGCCUUCACCUGCUGCAACUCAAGUAAAGGGGCAUGCCUCUGCUCCGUACUUUGGAAAGGAAGAACCCUCGGUGGCUCCCACCAGCACUGGUAAAACUUUUCAGCCAGGAUCCUGGAUGCCAGAAGAUGGCAAAAGGCCAGGCCAAUGAAUGCACUAUGGCAGAGUCACUUCAUUUAUAUGGAUAUGGCUAUUGUAACAAA